GAUUUUGAGCCUUCAACAGCAAACAAGAUUAAGGGGGAUUUAGUUCACAAGAAGACCGAGGUUCGUAAUUUUUAAAUUGCUAUACUCACCACUUCUGAGGGUAAAUACUCAACUAACGAGUUACAAGCAUAAGGUAAAGGGAGUUUCUGAAAAAGUGCUUCAUUUAAUAACAAUUCUAAAAGCUUCGUCCACUCAAAUGCGUUUUUGGGAGAAAAUGCGCACAUUUUUAUGCAUUUUUCCCAUCAUCCACACUAAAACACCCGAAAACGCUGAUGCAAAUGAAGACUUGCGAAAACGGUUUGAAAAGUGGAGAGUUACGAAACGGUGCAUCAUUUUCAAAUCGAUCUGUGUCAUGCAUAGACAGGUGAAAAGGGAGCUUGAAAACGUCCAAGAUUGCGUCACGUACUGUCUCUUUCAUCCGCAAUUUGGUCCUUCUAGACGGAAACGCAGUCAAAAUGUUUACAUUUCCUAAUGAAGACGCAGACAUAUGGAUGGUUAAGAGCAAAACAGAAAAUGUGGGCGUAAAUAUCUCGUUUCGUCUUCCUGUACUUGAGAUGAAAAUGCACUGCAAUGUGACAUUUUUUAAAACUCAUUACUCAGUUGGUUGGAGCUCAUUAAUGCGGCUUAGGCCAAACCAAGUGAAAUUUUACAAACUGAAAAGGAAAGUUAGUAAAUAGAGAAAGAUGUCAAAAAGGAAAUGAAGACUGAUUUCCAUUUAAUCAGCACGUUUUUAUUUUCCACAGGUAAGAAUUAUGGUAGACCGUUUUGCAUGACUUAAAAGGUUGGAGAUAAAUCAUGCUAACAGGAAGUUAAAACUGUAUGGUUGCUCACUGUUUUUCAAGGUAAUCCACUGUGGUGUGCUAGCCGAUAGUGAUCGAUGUCUAAGGUUUUGAAAUAAUAUGUUACAUUGUUUACUUUUGGGAGUUUACUGCAUUUCGCUGAGAGUCGGAGAAAUUAUUAAAACUCAAUGACCGUUGAAUCGGUUUCAAAACUGAUGUAAACUAAACCAAUGUCUUUUUUUUUUCUUCUGAUAAAUUUGAAAACCACCAAUAACGAAAGCCGGCAAUAAUAGUGAGUUUCUAAGACUGGAUAGUUGUCUUGAAUAAUAUCUGAAAUCAAAAGAUCAAUAUAGAUUUAGUCGGUACUGUGUCAUGUAUUAAAGUUCUUUAGAAGCCUAGGUUUUCCUUUUCAUCAUAAGCUUUAGCCAAAGAAAUCUCUACAAAUCCACCAUCAUCAUUAUCUAAUUUUAUCUCGACCACAAUGCCGCCAUUUCCCAUCAUUUAACGAACGUAGAGAUACUGCUAUUUGUGUAAGGAUCUCCGUCAGUACUAGUGGAAGGGAAUCGGGAGAUGUGAUGAGUAAGUGAGAAAACGGUAAAGCUCUCCCAAAAUCCAGACUGUGGUUGUCAGUUGUAUUCAGUUAAUGACUCUUUCUUGAUUUCUGUCUUCUUUUUAAAUUUACAUGAAGUAGUAAAAAUAUACUUCUUUAUUUAUCAGAAUGAAACUAUAGGAUACGGCUUGUUCAAAAGAAACAAUAAUCACUUAACGUUUAUCUUCUCUAUUUUCUUUUAGUAAAUUUCAAUCUUGAACAACUGUUAUAAAUCGGCGUAGAACUGAGGAACAAUAACCAGCAAAAAAAAAACAAAUUUAAAGCUAUUAUUCAUCAUUAGUAGCUGCACUCUUCAUUUGGAACACAGUCCCAGUACUCAACAGUCCUCAGAUUCAACAGUGUCAUGGAAAAUUCAACCGAAACCGGAAAAACAGCAAUGACGGCACUGCAAUUGACAGAGUAUACCUUCUUUGCUGUUAUAUUUAUUUUCGCUGUGACCGGAAAUACCCUCGUCUGCCUCGUAAUUGCACAGACACCUCGUAUGCGCACCACUCGUAACUUUCUGCUUGUAAACUUGGCAAUUUCAGACCUAAUGGUGGCUUUAUUUUGCAUCCCGUUUGAUGUCGUGUUAAAAGUGACCUCUCCUGUGUGGCCACUUGGUGAAGCACUGUGCAAAGUUGUAUGGCCUGCUAUGACGCUGUUCACAAACUGCUCAGCGGCAACUCUUGCAGCAAUAAGUUAUGACAGGUAAGAUUUGUUGGCUUAACCUUUAAUGGGAGACAAAUGGUGAUUUUUUGCGAAUUCUUGCCCUUUUAUCGAUGUUAGGUAUUUUCAACUUGACAAAAACUACAGCACCAACAUCCUUCAUUUCCAUAUGAUAUGAAUGAUGGCAAGGAAUGGAUUGGUUACGACCAUGGACGCUUUCCAUUCGCUAGAAUAGGUCAGCCAGACUUGUUUCGAUCUUCUUCACGCUAAAUAAUUCACUCCGACCUAUGCCAAAAUUUUAACUUUAGCGACCGAUCAUCAUUAACGAUUUUUCCGUUAUAGGUAUCGAGCCGUAAUAUACCCUUGGAAGCCUCGCUUCACGACAGUUCAAACAUCCAUCAUAAUAAGCUCCACAUGGUUAAUGUCUUUGCUUCUUGUUCUACCCUACAUUCUGGCGUUAAAGAUGGUGGAAGGUGAAUGCCGAGAAGACUGGCCGGUGCCCGUUGCUGUAAAACUGUACACACUGGGCUUGUUUGUGUUCCAGUACGCACUUCCACUCUCUAUCAUAGGCUUUGCGUAUUCCAUGGUGGCGCUGAAGCUACGUGAACAAGCAAGCAUCCUGGCAAGAAAUCGUAAAGCGAGUGGCAUAUCUGAAGGUGCGUAUGAAAAAGCUAAGAAUGCCGGGUCCAGUCAGUACAUGGAGUCUGCUAUGGAAAGCGAGCUAGCGUCAAAUGAUCCCUCCUUCGCUAACAGUACUCAGAUGUCGGUCAUAAAUAACAAAACAAAGUUCACAGCGAGCAAGCCUUCGAACACACGGAAAGAGGAGAAACGGCUGCAGAGAUCAACGAAGAUUAUCAAGAUGUUGGUUUCAGUCGUGCUUCUCUACGCCAUAUGCCUUCUGCCCAAUCAAGUCGUGUGGCUAUGGUAUGAGUUUGGUUCAGGUGCCAAUUGGCCCCAUUUAAGUACAUUUCUUACUUUCGGAAGUCUCAUGGUUUAUGUUAAUAGCUGUGUAAACCCACUACUCUAUGCUGGUAUGAACGACGAGUUCAGGAAAGGUUUUGCGAGGAUUCUUAGAUGUCAAUGCAACAACGAUCGUUCGACUUAG